UCCCUCUUGGGAGUUGGGAGAGAACCAAAAAAUGGCUCCCAAAAAGAAGCAACAACAACAGCAGAAGAACAAGGGGGGAGGAGCUUCUUCUUCUUCGUCCUCCAAGAACAAACCGCAAGCAUCGUCAGGUCCGAAACUCCAAAUAUCGGCAGAGAACGAGCAACGUUUACGCCGUCUCUUGCUUAAUUCCAACAAGCCCACGCCCCCUCCUUCCACCAAUCCCGCCGGUGAAAUACUUUCCAAAUCUCAGAAGGCCAAGAAGCUCAGAACUAUUUAUGAGAAGCUAUCUUGCGAAGGCUUCACUGACGAUCAGAUCGAACGCGCUCUUUCCACUCUCAAUGAUGGGGCUACAUUUGAGACUACUCUUGACUGGCUGUGCUUUAACUUGCCCGGGAACGAGCUUCCCUUAAAGUUUUCGAGUGGUACUUAUUUGCAUACCAAUGAAGGAGGUUCCAUUGGUAUAAUAGCUGCGGCUAAGGAUGACUGGGUACCUUCGCCACAUCCAUCCACUAAAAUUGAGGAACAAACGCCUGGAGUUGCUGUUAGAGUCAAAGGACAUUGGGAAGAUGACAUUUUGGAUUCUAGGCAGCCGUCUCAAGCUGAUUGGAUUCGACAGUAUGUCGAACAACAGGAAGAGGAUGACUGGGAGGCUGCUGUAGAUGAUGCAAUUGUCCAGGAUUCAACGAGGGAGGCUUCUGAUCCAAGCUUACGUGCUAUUUCUAUUGCCAAAGAAUAUCAUAUUGCAAGAAUAGAGGCGAUUGAUGCCAAAGAGAGAGGAGAUAAGAAAAGACAGGAACAGGCUGGCCAUUUAAUCCGCAAACUUAAGCAAGAGAUAUCUGCUCUAGGGCUAUCGGAUGAAAUCUUGGCAUCUGGAUUGGGCGAAGAUCAUAGUUCUAUUAACAUAUUUUCUGAUUCUACGGCUUGCAAUGGUCCUGAGACAAUGAAGUUAAGUGGUGCUGACAUCGUAGCUCCUGAGAUUGAAGCCUCAGUUGAUGGAAAUGUUGGGGAAAGUUGCAGCAAUGAGGCGUUUGUUGAUCCUUCUGAUUCGUCGAAUGUUCCAGCCAGGGAGGGAGUUGUUGUCGACAAUUUGGAGCCUAGAGAUGUUGCACUCAUUGGUUUAUUCUCUGAAGAUGCCUCUGGAGCUUUACCUCCUGAAAUUGUUGAACUGCAAAAGAAAGAAAAGAUAGCACAAUUAUUUAGUGGACGGAAUUUGGAAAAAAUUGAAGGCAUUUGGAAAAGGGGUGACCCACCAAAGAUUCCCAAGGCUGUUCUUCACCAGCUUUGCCAGAAGUUUGGGUGGGAGGCACCCAAGUUUAAUAAAUUGCCUGGGAAAGUAAGUAGAUUCUCGUAUGCUGUCAGUGUAUUACGCACAGCCAGUGGGAGGGGUAAGAGCAGAAAACCUGGAGGACUGAUUACCCUCCAGCUUCCCAUCCAAGAUGAAGCCUCUGAAUCUGCUGAGGAUGCACAGAAUAAAGUUGCAGCAUUUGCUCUUUAUCGUCUAUUUCCGGAUCUUCCUGUUCACCAACUAAUUGUAGAGCCAUACUCUUCAUUCAUUAUAAAGUGUUGCGAAGGAGAAUCUGCAACCAAGAUAGAAGAAAGUGAGGAAGUCCGUAGAGCUGAUUUUGUGGAUUCGUUGUUGACUGCUGACAAUUCAGUAUCGGCGGUUACAAAGGAACUCAUUUGUAAUGAAGAGCUUGUAAAACCUUAUGUUCCAGAGAGCUCACAUUCUAUUACUGCCACGAAAGCUGAAAGAAUGAAUUAUUACAAAGAGGUUGAGAGUACCUAUUUGAGACAAGAACAAGAAAACAAAAUGAAAGUGCCGAGAUACAAGGAAAUGUUAAAAGCUAGAGCUGCUCUACCCAUUGCUGAAUUGAAAAGCAAUAUACUGCAUCUAUUGAAGGAGAAUGAUGUUCUUGUCGUUUGUGGGGAAACGGGGUGUGGAAAGACAACUCAGGUCCCACAAUUCAUAUUGGAUGACAUGAUUGAAGCUGGACUUGGUGGGCAGUGUAGCAUUAUUUGCACACAACCAAGGAGAAUAGCGGCAAUUUCUGUUGCAGAAAGAGUAGCAGAUGAGCGAUGUGAACCAUCACCAGGUUCAGAUGGGUCCUUGGUUGGUUUUCAAGUUCGUCUUGAAAGUUCAAGGAAUGAGAAGACAAAGCUUCUGUUUUGUACAACGGGCAUUCUUUUACGGAAACUUGUGGGAGACAAAAACUUAACAGGCAUCACACAUGUCAUAGUUGAUGAAGUACAUGAGCGGUCUCUCUUGGGUGAUUUUCUGCUUAUUGUUUUGAAGAAUCUGAUUGAGAAUCGAUCAACUCUUGGCUCACCAAAAUUAAAAGUUAUUCUUAUGUCUGCAACAGUUGAUUCAGAUUUGUUCGCAAGAUAUUUUGGAAACUGCCCAGUAAUCACAGCACAAGGGCGUACUCAUCCUGUGUCAACGUACUUCCUUGAGGAUCUUUAUGAAAAUCUGAAUUAUGCUCUUGCAUCAGAUUCUCCAGCUUCUGUAAAAUUCAUUACAUCCAAUAAAGAGAAGUUUAGAAGCAGUGCUGUGGACAACCACAGAGGGAAGAAAAACCUUGUGUUAUCUGCUUGGGGAGAUGAUUCUUUACUCUCUGAAGAUAAUGUUAACCCAUAUUAUGACCCAAGUUCAUAUCAAUCAUAUAGUGAACGAACUCGCAAGAAUCUGAAAAAUGUGAACGAAGAUGUAAUUGAUUAUGACCUUCUAGAAGACUUGGUAUGCCAUAUUGAUGAAAAUUAUCCUGCUGGUGCAAUACUUGUAUUUUUGCCUGGAGUUUCAGAAAUUUACAGGUUACUUGAUAAACUCAGUGUUUCAUACCGUUUUAGUGGUCUGACUUCUGAUUGGCUCCUUCCUCUACACUCUUCCCUGGCAUCAACUGAUCAAAGAAAGGUGUUUCUAUCCCCACCUGAAAAUAUACGGAAGGUUAUUGUAGCCACAGACAUUGCAGAGACCAGUAUAACAAUAGAUGAUGUAGUAUAUGUGGUUGACUGUGGAAAACAUAAGGAGAAUCGUUAUAAUCCACAAAAGAAAUUGUCUAGCAUGGUUGAAGAUUGGAUAUCUCGGGCAAAUGGGAGACAACGACGAGGAAGAGCUGGACGUGUAAAACCUGGAAUUUGCUUUUGUUUGUACACCCGUAACAGGUUUGAAAAGCUCUUGCGCCCAUAUCAGGUGCCUGAGAUGCUGCGAAUGCCAUUGGUAGAAUUGUGUUUACAAAUUAAGUCACUUUCUCUUGGUCACAUAAAGCCAUUUUUACUUAAGGCUAUCGAACCUCCACGAGAAGAAGCAAUGUCUUCAGCAAUUGCAACAUUGUAUGAGGUUGGUGCACUCGAAGGGGACGAAGAAUUGACGCCUCUUGGAUACCAUUUGGCAAAACUUCCAGUUGAUGUUUUAAUCGGAAAGAUGAUGUUAUAUGCUUGUAUUUUUGGCUGCUUAUCUCCGAUUCUCUCCAUUUCUACAUGUUUGAGUUACAAGUCACCCUUCGUAUUUCCAAAAGAUGAGAAACAAAAUGUAGAAAGGGCAAAACUUUCCCUAUUGUCUGAAAAGCUAGAUGGAGAAAGUGAUUCAAGUGAGGGUGACAGGCAUUCUGACCACCUUGUAAUGACUGUUGCAUACAAGAAAUGGGCUAAGAUUCUGCGUGAGAAAGGAUCAAAAGCUGCACAGAACUUUUGCAGUUCUUUUUUCCUAAGCAGUUCAGUUUUGUACAUGAUAAGGGACAUGCGCAUUCAGUUUGGAAACUUGUUGGCAGACAUUGGCUUAAUCAAUCUUCCGAAGUGUUCUCAGACUGAUGGAAAAAUGAAAGACAAACUUGACAGUUGGCUUGCUGAUAUGUCACAGCCGUUUAACAUGUAUUCACAUCAUUCUUCAAUUGUGAAGUCGAUAUUAUGUGCAGGUCUUUAUCCCAAUGUGGCUGCAAUGGAAGAAGGCAUUAUUUUUGCUGCCCUUGGUAGCAACUUGAAGCCCUCUGGUAGUCUUGCAAAACCUCGUCCACCCUGGUAUGAUGGAAGGAGAGAAGUUCAGAUACACCCUUCUUCUAUCAAUUCUAAUGCCAAAACUUUUCAAUACCCGUUUCUCGUCUUCCUUGAAAAGGUUGAAACAAGCAAAGUAUUUCUACGAGAUACCAGCAUCGUCUCUCCCUACUCUAUUUUGCUAUUUGGUGGUUCUAUUAAUAUUCAACAUCAGAGUGGACUGGUUGUUAUUGAUGGUUGGCUAAAAUUGACAGCACCAGCCCAAACUGCUGUGCUGUUCAAGGAACUACGGUCAACACUUCAUUCUGUUCUAAAAGAGCUGAUCAGAAAGCCAGAGACAGCAACUGUUGUUGAUAAUGAAGUUGUCAGAUCUAUAAUUCAUUUGUUGUUGGAAGAAAACAAACCCUCAAAUAACUCUUUCUAAGCAGCAAGGUAAAUUUACAAUUCUAAUGAGGACCAGUCAUGGUUUAGUUAACCAAUUGUUCAGCUAUCAAGAAACGAUAAUGUCCAUGAAUC